UUUGCAAACAACCACAAAAUAAACCAUAGAAAUUAUACCAAAAAAAUCUAUGAAAAUUACGCAAAACAACAUUUUAAUUUACAAAAACAAAGCAAAAAAUUGGGAAAAAAUAAGAAAAUUUUGAAAAAUUUUAAAAAUAAUUUCAAAUAUUUUUUUCAAAGAUUUUAAAUCAUUUUUUAAGUGUAAAUUAUCUAUAAAUUAUCAAAAUGUUGGCUGUUAAAAAUUUCUUUUUACCUGAACGCACAAAAGCUCCCGAUACGCCACAGCGCUUUUCUCGCAUGCCCGAAGCUUUUUUACGCAGCAUACGCCGCCGUUCGUUACGUGUUAAACGUGCCAAAUCUCUAGUCGUUCCCGAUCGGGAGAAAAGGAAAUCAGAUUCCUUUGUAAAUAGUCAAGAAUGGACGAUAUCACGCUCAGUGCCCGAUUUACGUUUGGGUAUUGUGGGCUCUCUGAACUCAGGCAAAUCCGCACUGGUACAUCGUUAUCUAACGGGUUCCUAUAUGCAAGAAGAAUCACCCGAGGGAGGACGUUUCAAAAAAGAAGUAUUCAUUGAUGGCCAAAGUUAUUUAUUGUUAAUACGUGAUGAAGGUGGUGCUCCAGAAAUGCAGGUUAGUUGUGGAAAUUUAAUAUUUAUUUUAAUUUGUUUUUUGUUGUUGUUUAAUUAUUACAUUUAUAUUAUUGUUAAGAGUUAA